AUGAGAUGUACAACUGUCCAUGAAUGUGAUUUGAGGUUUGUAAAUGACAACCAUCGUCAAGCAACCGCAGCACUUGUAGCCACUUCAUUUAAAAGGAAGUUGAAGGAUUCUUGGACAAUAUACACACCAAGUGACAUAAUGAGAGAUGUGAAACACAACUUUGGUUUGACCAUUCAUUAUUCGAAAGCUUGGAAAGCAAACACUAUUACAUUUUACUAUUUGCGCGACGAAGACAAAUUCGUCGUGCAAGCAUCACUGCUGCAACAGAAGAAGAGAUUCGUUGUGCAAAACUACAAACUCUUGUGCGACGCAAAAUUUGGUUGCGCAAAGUGUUUUUGCGCGACCAAAUAA